CAGGGUUCGAUCCCAGGACCCUGAGAUCAUCACCUGAGCUGAAACCAAGGGUUGGAUGCUUAACUGACUGAGCCACCCAGGUGCCCCAUAGUUUACAGGAAUCUUGAUUGCCUUUCCCUUAUACAGGAUAUUAUACAGGUCCAUUACAGUGGUGACCAUUACGCUUAUUGGACCCAGUGAACAGGAAGUAGCAACUAAUCUAGACUUCUGAUAGGACAUUUGCAUGUCAGAGAGUGGGAAGAAUUCUGACAAAAAUUCAGGGGUCUUCUACCUCAUUGAAAUUUUGAGGAUCCAGUGCUGUGGGGAUUGUCAACACAAUCCUGCUAAGGUGAAGGAUAAGUUGUUGUAUGUGGUCCUUCCUACAACCAAAACAGAGGUACAACACCUGGUAGGCCUUUUUGGAUUUUGGAGACAACUUACUCAUUUGGGUGGGCUUCUCUGGCCCAUUUACCAGGUAACCUGAAAAAAAUAUAUAUUUAUAUUGCAAAUAUAUUUUCUUCCCUCACAUAUCUCCUUAUCAUGUAACAUAAGGUAUAUUGACUUUAUAAUAUUUAAGUAUUGUUAAACUUAAAGCAUACUAUUUAAGUUUCAGGAUAUUAAGAAGAGUAAACGUCACCCAAAGACUUUAUAUUCUUUUCUGGGGAAGAGGCUAGUGAGUUUUUGGUUGUAUGCAGGAUAGUCAAAUCAUGCUAGGUAGAAUUAUGACCUGUUAUUGAUCUCAUUUGGAAAUUAAAUAUGUUUUAAAGAGAUGCUUAAGGGUGCCAGGCUGACAAGGGGUGGGUGGUCUCGUGAUGAUUAAUUUCACGUGUCAACUUUACUGGGCCAUAAAAUAGAGAUUUAUAUCUAAAGAUUGGGAGGGAGUUCUGGGCUCACUUUCUACUUCUCUUUAGAAUUUCAGAUCCUUAUCGCCUUUCCCAUCCCUGCUGACCAUCUUAGUAGUAAGAGCAUUCUAUAGAGCACUUCUGUCAGGAUUUCUAACCUUUGUCUUCUUUCCUAGCUCUACCCUCUGAUGUUUCAAGGUAGACAGGUGAGCUUACAGUGUAAAAGAGAGAAUGAUUCAAAAGUGACAGCUAUCACUGAUUUUAGAAGUGUGCUUUUGUAUAGUUGCAAUAUUUAACAUUAUAAACAUUUUGCAGAAAUGUUAUUACACCACAACCAAUAGAAUAUCCAGCAUUCUUGUCCCCAGACCUGAAUGUUACUGUUGGGAUGCCAGCUGUAGUGCCCCAAUCCAACCAGCCAUCUGUAGUUCGACUUGAAAAACUUCAGCAGCGACCUCGGGAAAGAUGUCCCUUUUAUAAUGGAGGAAGCUGAAACUGUUCCAAAUGAGUUGCCGGAUAAUGAUGAUAAGAAAGGCCUGACUCUACCAACUUUGAAGCGGUCAAAUCAAGAUAAUUCAGAUGUUGUUGCUGUUGCCCCUGAAAGUAAUGAAUCAGCAAAGCAAACAGAUGAGUCAACAAAGCAAACAGAUGAAUCAACAAAGCAAACAGAUGAAUCAACAAAGCAAACUCCAUUGCCCAUUAUUCCUACCCUGACAAUGACGGAGGAGAACAAAACACCGCCUUUAGAGGAAUACCAAUCAGAAGCUGCGCCAGAGGGAAAAAUGAAAAAUAUGUUCUUUCCACCAGAAGUAAAAUUGAAAGAUAGAUAUCUAAGGCUUUUAAAAACAGACUCAUCUCCAUCAGAGAGUCCCUAUUAUUCCAGUAGCACAAUGAAUGAAAAUAUGAAUCUUCCUAAUACUGUAGAAAGGGUAAUGCAAGAUCAGCUCUAUGGACAAAGAAAUACAAAUAAAAAGGGAAAAUCAGUGAUUUUUUCACAAAAGGAACAAAUUUCACCAUCUUUCAGACCAGAAUAUAUAGAAUUCAAACCAAAAUAUCAGUUCCAGAAAUUCAACUUAAAGAAUGGUUUUGAUCCUUUUCUAAGGAAUGUAAACGACAAAAUGUCAGUCAGAAAAAGGAAAGACCAAGAUAUGUACAAAUGUCAAAACACUUUAAGUACAGAGGUUAUAGAGCAUGAAGACCAAGAUCCUCCUUACCCAACAUAUGCAGAAACUGCAAGACCUGCUAAUAAAACCUGGCCCCGUGAUCCUGGUAUCACCACAGUAAAGACUUUAGACUCUAAGACUAAGUUAAAACCAGCCCGUGAUCCUGAUUUCAUCACAGUAAAGACUUUAGACACUAAGAAUAAUUUAGCCCGUGAUCCUAAUAUGAUACCAAUAAAGACUUCAGAUACUAAGGAUAAGUUAAAAGAAAGACUACCAAAUGUAUCUGUACCUAAUUUUGAAGGAGAAUCAUCAGUGACUGGAAAUGUAAAUACAUAUCGCCUCUCAAAAUCAUUAAGUCUUACUUCCCACCUAGAAAAUUUAAAACAAUCAAUGAUGCUCCAGUCAAUUUUAAGUAAAAAUCUGCAAGACCUUUCAGAUAAAUUAUUUUCUAAACUAGAGGUUGCUAUGGACACUGAAGCAAGAAAGAAAAGUCAUAGUUCUCCACUUCUGAGUGUUCAUGAUGAACCACCAAGUAGUUUGGAAAACGAAGUAUUUGAAAAAGUUAAAGAUUUAAAUAACUGGCUUCCAGAAAAAGGCACUGUAAGUUCAAAGUCUCUUUUAAGACAAACAAUUAAAGAUACUCCUGCAGAUUCACUUUCAGAAGGUGAACCAAGAAAUUCUCCAGAGGCAGAAACAGCACUUGUCUCUGAAAACCACUUGGAGGCUGGUGAGAUCCAUCUUCCCAUUAUAAAAAGUAAUUUCAAAAAGAAACAUUCAAAACUUGAAGUAUCUAGCUCCAAACCAGGUGUAAGUGACACUGCGGAUGAUUAUGUUAUAAAGCAAAUAUUCACUGCACCUAUCUUCUCAGAGUUGGAAAUAGGAGUGAAAGAAUUGAGUGAGACACCAGUAAAUUUGCAGAAUCAAUUACCCACAGCUUGGGAGAGUUUAUCUUCAAAUAUUCUACUUCAUUAUGAAGAAAAUGAUGAAGAAAUAGAAUUGCCACUGGCCAAAUCUGUUAUAAGCCAGAUAAUACAAGCAUUUCCUGUAGAUACUCUUUUAGAAUCUGGGAUAAUCAAAGUGAUAGAAUUAGAUAAAGAAUAUCAGAAGAGUUCUGUGCUGGAUACAGAGACAGUCUUUGCUGAAGAAGAGCCAAAGUAUUCCACAGAGGAUCAUUCAGAUACCCAGCACAGAACAGAAUCUCUUUCAGAACAGAAUACACUCAUCACUCCCAAAGAAACCACUUCUUUUAACAGAGUUGAAUAUAUGGAUGAAGGCCAACAUAUAUCCCUACAAGAUUCAAAAUACCAGUCAACACCAGAUAAAAAAACAGAUAUGCUAAAUAACAGUCAGAGGUUUCAUAGAGAAGAAAAUGAUCUAAAUUCUACUUUAGAAAAUUUAAGUAACUCAUUAAUGGGUAAACUUAAUGAUUCAGAUGUAAUAAUGUUAAAAUCCUUUUUAAAACAUAUGUUUAGUGUUUUUUUCAAAUAUAGUCAGUCUGAAAGAAGACAACCAGAAAAAGAAUUAGGAAAAUUAAUUCAGCAUCCUUUCCCAAAUAAUACAGAGGAUCUUGAAGAAAUCAAAGAGAAUUUCGAUAAAACAGAUAAAUUAGACAGAAAACCUAUUUUGAGUCCAAAGUUGCGUGUAUUUCUAGAAGAACUCUCAGAGUCAGAAAUAAAAAAUUUAAAAUCUGAACUAAGUAAACAUAUCCAACUUUACCUUGUAGAAAGACUUUCAGAAUCCGGACACAUAACCAAAGAAGACUUACCAAAAAUCUAUCAAAAUCUGUAUUUGAUGAAUGAGAAAGUGGAACCAAAAGGGCAAAAUAUUUUUCUGGAAAAAUAUUCAGAAACUGUAAAAGAAAUCAUGUCUUUUGUAAAUAAUUUUAAUCAUCAUUUCAUAGAUAAACAUUUGGAAAUAAAGCUAAGAUCUUUCUUAAAUGAAAUUCUCCAAAACUAUUUCCUAAAAAACCUUUCAGAAAGCAGUUUAUUUAAAGAAACAGAAUCUGAGACUAUCAACCCAAACAUGUCUUCUCUAAGGACUGAAAGUGCCUCUAUAUCUUUUCGUGAGUUAGGACAAGACAUUUCAAGGGGGAGUUUUGGGAAAAGACUUGACUUAAACAUGAAAUAUCCUUUAAAUAAAUCUCUACAAAAUUAUCUUAUAGCUUUAUCAGAAAAUGAACUAUUAAAUCUAAAAGCUGAUUUAAGCAAACACCUCCAGGGCCUUUUUAUAGAAAAACUUUCAAAAUCAGGACUAAUCACAGAAAAGCAAUUAGAGGGGAUCAACCAGCGUAUAAAUUUGAUCAAUUCUAAUUCCAUGCCUUUAAAAUGUAUAAAGCCAGAUUUAUCUUUUAGAAAUGAAAAUCAGUUUAGGGAGGAGAAUUCAGAAAAGCGAAAUAAAUAUUCAAAAAUUGUUCAAAAAACUACUUUACAAAAAGUUCCUGAGGAGAGACUUAUGGAAAUGGAACUAACCAAAAAGGAAGGAAAGGAAUAUUUUUCCUUACAGAAUAUUAAGGAAAAUCCAUCAAUAAUUGAGGAACAGAAAAGAUACUAUCCUAAAGAAGGAGCCAAAACCCUGAGAUUAAUUAAAAUACAACCUUCUUUCAUCAAAAAUACCCAAGCGAAUCCAUUAAAUAAGUCAUCAGAAAGACUUACAGAUAUAGUGCUUAACAAACAAAGGAAAGAACAUUGUUUCGUGCAGCUUCCUCGAGCAGAAAAUUAUGAUUUUAAAACAGAAAUUCAAGACCCACAUAGUUGGAGUGGUAAAUCAAAAACAACUCAGUUAAAUAUUUGCUUUGAAAGGACACUAAAAAUGAAGCCCCUUGAAAAAAGGGAGCAUAAUACCUAUAAAUUGAUGGCACAGGAAAAACGGGAAGGAGUACUGUCACCGUAUCCAAGAAUUCCUCAUUGCAAAAUGCCAAGUGAAAAUGAUGACUUUAUAUACAAAUACACUUUUCCUUCCAGGCAGAAUAACACUUUAACUCAUUUUGAUUUAGAGGCUGGGGAGAAAUCAAAGUUAGAAGACCAGUAUAUUCAGAGAUUGAAAGGAAAUAAUAACAAUAAUAAAAAACCUCUAGUACCAUUUGCACAGUACAAAAAAAUACAUACUCUUUCUGUGAGGACAAAUGGAAUUUGCAAUGAAAAAUAUGUCAAGUUCCCCGAAUCACAGUCAUUUAAAUACAACGGUGUGGAAUCUGAGAAAAACUCAAAACCAUUCCUCUUCCCAGAAGUAUUAAAGAGAGAAAAUCUAAAGCCCAAGGUCCGAAAAGAAAGAGACCAUGUCAACAAACAGAAGUCAUUUAGCAAGAUAGUUAAGAUACUACCAGCCACACUGCCCACCGCAAGAAUUCUAAGGAAAUCUGUUCCAAGGACAUUGCUUCACUGGACUGCCAGAAGAACUAUACAUGAAUCUCCCAAAGGAAUCAAAAUAGAAGACAGAGAGGGGCGCCUGGGUGGCACAGCGGUUAAGCAUCUGCCUUCGGCUCAGGGCGUGAUCCCGGCGUUAUGGGAUUGUUCGGAUAGAUUUGAGGAUAUACCUGUGACCUCAUUUAAGCAUGCUGAACAAGCAAAAUCAAGAACGAGGCUUUUAGGAAAAAGCCCAGGUGAUAGCCAUAAUCAGUUAAAACACUUUGCAAGACCAAAUACUGCUCCAGAGGUUCACAAACGGCGAGAGAGCUACAGCGGAAGAUCUACAAAUCUUCGAAUGAUUUCAGCAGGCUUAGUUCACAUAAAUGAUGCAAUCCCAGAUUAUGAAAUCCAUAAAAUGAGGCAAAAAAAAAUUAAAAGAGAAUAUUGAAAAGUGUUCGCUCAUUUGUGAUAUUAUCCAAAUGUUAAAAGUUCAAAAUGAUAUGUAAGGCCAACAGUCAAUCUCUCCAAUUAACAAAAUGGUUUGGAGAUCUGUCCUUUUGUGUGAUAGAAGUCAGCAACCAAGUUUCAUCUUGUUAGAACCAUUUUGUUUUAAUUAAAAUGAAAAGAAGCACUUUUGAUGUAAAUGUGUUUUUGUUUAUGAACCUUAGGGAACAGACCAAGAAAUACAUAUUCAGUUCAUAUUAAGUUUUAUUUCCCAGCUUUUCCCCCUUGUCACUAUAUAAUGAUAUCACACCAGUUGAUAGUUCUCUGAUUUCCCAAAUCUUUGUUAUUCUCUAAAUUAUUCCUUACCACCCAGUUUUCAGGGUCUUUAGUUGCAGUUAUUUAUGUUUAGCCAUUUGUUAUGAAUAUAUUCUUAUUCUUCAGCUCUAAUUAUAUUUCAAGAUUCAACAGUAUGUAAUUUUCUGGGCUUGGAGAACAUCCGUUAAUUUUCAUAUCCUCUGAUAUUACAACUUUUACAUUAUAAAUACAGAUAAUAACAGAUUUAAUAGUAAUUCCUGAGGCACCUACUAUACUGGACUGACACUUCUAACUUAGAACACUAUGAAAGGGCUUCUUUAAUAGCACAAAAUGUAGGAAACCACAUAAAACUGUGGAAACCGCAUAAAAAUUAGCAAAAUCAACAUAGGAUUUAAAUCAGAGACUUCCUGGGGCACCCGGAUGGCUCAUUUGGUUAAGUGUCCAACUUUUGAUUUUAGCUCUGGUCAUGAUCUCAGGAUUGUGAGAUUGUGCCCUGCAUUGGGAUCCACACUGGGAGAUUCUCUCUCUCCC